GGGCCAGCCCCUCGAUCUUUCUUCUUUUAAAAUUUUGUAAACCUAGAUUUUUUAGGUCUUAUCUGGAGCUGUAAAAAUCUAGAUUUUUUUUCCAUUCUGUCCACUAUCUUGGAAGUGAAAUAUCUGAAAUCUCAAUUUUCGUAGAAGCAAAGUUUAAUUUUUGCAGAUAGUUUGAAUUAAGAAUUGAGAAUAUUUGGACUGUUUGCAUUAAGUAGCAAAUAAUUAGUCUAGAUAAAAUGAAAUAAUUGAGAAGCAAUAAUAAAAUCUAGUUUGAACUUUCUUUCCUGCCCAAGAUAUUUUUGAAUAGAAGUUUCUAAGCUGGGGUUCUGAGGAUUCCAUGGAAAUGAUUCUGGAAGUCAGUGGAUUCCUGCAGCAUGCAUAUACAAUUUUGUGAUGGUAUAUGUUUCUAGGGCGAAAGUUCAUCUUUGUCGUCAGUUUCUCACAGUAUUGUAAUGAGGUGGGGCAGAAAGCUCAAGGUGAAGAUCUACUGUCCUAAAAAUUUCAGUCAUUUCAGUUCUAUCAAUGUGGCAGUUAUCAUAUAGACUUAAUAGAAGGAUAAUUGAAAAAUGAAAGGCUAUAGGCAACUCAGGAAGAGACUGGAGACUCAACCACAAAGGGGGCCUCUUGAAAACUAUGUAGUGUCUAGGUUCCUGAAGUGUUCAUAAUUAGCUCUUGUUUCAGUGUACUAUUUUAUAUUUGAAAUUUUGGAUUAAUUCUGUUUGUACUUAGAUUUCAUUUUCUUAUAAAAAAAUAAUAAUGAGAAACUAAUGGGCUUAUGUAUCUAAUGAUGUUUUGUGGGUGCUUUAUAGUCUGUAAUGGAAUUUGUGCUGAACUGCCUUUUCUUUCUGUUAAUUAACAGGACUUAAUUAAAAGUACCAUCUAAAUAUAGGGUAGCUUAUGGGGCCUGCCUGGUGGCAUAGUGGUUAAGUUCGCAUGCUCUACUUCUGCAGUCCGGGGAUUGUGGGUUCGUAUCCUGGGCGAGAACCUACGCACCUUUCAUAAAGCUAUGCUGUGGCAGCAUCCCACAUACAAAAUAGAGGAAGUUUGCACAGAUGUUAGCUCAGGGCCAAUCUUCCCCACCAAAUAAAUAAAUAAAUAAAGGGUAGCUUAAAUUUUGUAAACAAAGUUCAUGCUUACAGGUUCAUGAAUUUGUGGCUGGGAUUAAAUAUAAAAUCACUCCUAAUAUGUUAUUUAAAAUAGACUAAGUUUUAAUUUUAUAUUUUGCAUUCUACUACAUCAUGGUAUGCAAUAGCAAUAAUGGUCAAGAAACAGAUGGAAGAUAUAUAUGUGUAUGUACGUAUGUACGUAAUGGCAAGAGUUCUGUUUGUAUAUGAAAAGGGUGGAUUCUGACUAUAUUUAUGAUUCACUUUUCCUGAAAAGUUAAGAGUACUUGUUAUCAGCAAUUGGUUAAAACACUAAUUUUAAAGUAGAGGGUAGCAUUUUAAAAGGAGCAAUAAUACCAUGGUAUGAUGGUAUAGUUUGUGAUUCCAGUUCUUAGAAGAAGACAACCAACAAGGAAAUGAGAGUUUUACAUUGUAAUUUGGGAAUAAAAUGAAUUGUGAGUCUCAAUGCAAAGCAGUAUGAGUGUAUGAAAUACAGAGACAGAACUACAUAGAGUAUGUCUUUUACUUUUAAAGUUUUGAACCCUUAAAAUGUGACUUACAGUAGUAUAUUACAAUAACUUCUGUAAGAAUAAAUCAAUUUAUGGGGAAAUCAGUGAGAAAAACAAGUGAUUCAGAUGUUUUAAACAACUUACUAGAAUUACUUUCAGUGAAUUACUUGAAGCUAACUAUGUUGUCUUCAUCACAUUUAUCAAUUGUGGCAAAUCUUUCUUGAUCAAGUUUAUUAACUUAAAGCCUGGGAUGUAGGUAGUGAUUUGAAUUAUUACAGUAUUUUGUGUAAUGUAAUAUACAGACAUAGUGGAUACCUAACUUUGCAUCUUUAAAUAUCUGAAUUGAAUUUUAUCCACCAGCCCCACGGUAGUAGGUAGAUGAAAAACAAAAACUUGUUGUAGUUAGUAAUAUCUACUAUGACCCGUUAUCUGAGUUGCACGAAUGGAGCUAUAAUCAGUUUUUUAGAAGAUAAAGCCCUUGUUCAAUUAUUCGUUGUUAUGGAGGUUAUCUUUAAAAAGUUUGGUCCAGCUUCAGAUACACAUGGUGGCAUAGUUUGAUGAAUUUUGCAGUGGAUUAUUGAAGCAAACCAUUUUGGUUGAAUUUCCUUCAGAAUAGCAAGUGCUGGCUGAAGAAAUAGGAUGUGGCCUUAGAGUGAAUCCAGAGGCAAAGAUAACCUGAGGUUUAAAAUGUCCUGUGGAUGGUUUAAUAUAGGUUCAAAUCUUUUUAUCUAUUGAGAUUAAUUAUUUUGAUAAUUGUAGAAUCACGAAUAGCAGUUGUAUAUCCUCUGAGAAAAUGUACAUUGGCUUUUGUGGCCUUUGACAAGUCCCUUAACCUUACUGAAUGAACUUCAGUUUCUUCAUGUGUGUUAUCAGUCUUUUGACCUACCUUACGAGGUAGCACUGAGUAAUGAAUAAGUCAGUAUAUGUAAAAAGUGCUUUACAGGUGAAUUUCAUUAUUAUCAAAUACUUAUUGAAUGUUUAAAAUGGCCUUUUUGUUGAUGCUAAAAACUGCUUACCUUUAUGUAGUCCCUUGUAUUUGGAAUUGUCUGAUAUAAGCAUGUUAGAUAUGUUCUCUAUCCUUAGAGAGUUGUAUGACAUAGUUGUGAAAACUUGUGUCUUUAAAUUUAGGUAAUUAUUAGUUGGGAAAAGCCUCAAACUGGGAGCUGUCAGACCUAAGGCUACAUCCAGCUUCCGACACUGUGUGAGUGUGUUGCAUGCAUGCUCCCACUCACCCAGGUUUUUAACUGCAAAAUGAGGUAGGACCAUGAGAAUUUCCUUUUGUAAUGGGUAUAUUAUGUUACCAGUAUGUUUAAGUCUUUCCAAAUGUAUUUUAUGUGUUUAUAGAAUAGUCAUUAAAUCUUGAAUUAGUUAGUAACUUAAUUUGCAUAUUAUACAUAAUUUACGCAAAGUAAAGGUAGUCUGGGUGCAUGGAUAAUCAGCUCCAGUUUAUUCUAGGAAGCCUCAAGUACUAAAGGAUUUAAAGAAUAUAAAUGAGUAUAGAUGUUACAGAAUGCUAUUACUGUUAUGAGAAUUUGAAAUUAGAGCCAGAAUUUUAUAGUGAUGGUUGCAAAUUUGUGCUUUACCUGUAAAGUAAUAGAGUCUGAAGGGGAAACAAAAUACAAAUAUGCUUGUUUUGAAGUCUAAAGCAAAGAUUUAAUCAUUGUUCUAAUAGCUAAGUGGGGAUAUUUGAGAUGAAAUAUGUUGUACAAAAACAAAAUAUUGAUAAAUUCAUUUUUAUUCACUUUCAUGGCAAAUAUUUUUUGCACAUUUGCUGAGUCAAGCACUAUUAUAGGCCCUGUAGAUAAAACAGUGAAAAACCAGCAUUCGUUUUAUGGAUCUUACAAUUCUAGAAUUUAGGUUCUCUAAGGGCAGGAACUUUUGUCUAUUCGCUUAUGUGUUUUCAGCACCUGAAAUAGUGCCUGGCACGUAGUAAGCGUUCAAUAUUUGUUUAAUUGAAUGACUGAAUUCUAAUGGGAAAACAGACAAAAGCUAAAAAGCAAAUGAAUAAAAAUAAAAAAUAAAACUCUUAUAUGGCAGUGGAACAAGAUAAUACAGAAUUUCAAGUGGAGAGGGGAGGAUAGAGGUUUCUUUGCAUAGAUGGUCAAGGAACAGUCAACCUGAAACUUGGAUGGUGGGAAUGAGCCAGCCGUGUGAAGAUCUGCAAGAAGAACCUUCCAGGCAGGGAGACCCAAAUAUGCAGAGAGCCCAAGGUAGAACAGAAGGCCAGUAUGACUGGAGCAAAGUGAAAAAAGGGUUGAGUAGUCUGAGAUGAAGACCCAGAGGUAGUCAGGGGCUCCAGAUCUGGUAAAGUAUUAUAGGCUACUACAAGGAAUUUGUAUUGUUUUGAAAUUAAGUUCCUUAGAAAAUUUUAGGCAAGGGAGUGGCAUGAUCUGAAUUAUGUUUUUCCAAGAGUAUUUUUGCUACCUUGUAGAGAAUGAGUCAUAUUGGGCAAGAGUGCGAGUUGAUGGUGACUUUAAUUAGGGUGGUAGUAGUGUAGAUGAAGAGAAAUGGAUGGAUUUGAGGUGUAUUUUGAAGGUAAAACUAAUAGAAUUUGCUGGUAGAUUUGAAUGUAGUAGAGGGAGAGAGAGCACCAAGGACUAAUCCCUGAUUUUUACGUUAAGCAACUGGCCAGAUAGAUGAUUGGGCCACUUACUGAAAUAGGGAAAAUUGGAGAAGGAAGGGUAUAGAAAGGAUGGAUUUGUUCAGUUUGAAGUGCCUCUUACUUGUCUGUAUUUAAUUGGAUAUGCAGAAUGUAGUGCAUUAGACCAGUUUGCACUGAAGUUGUAAAACUUAGAAGUCAUGGGCUGGUACUAUAAAUUAUGAAAGUUUGGGGGAUAUAGAUGGUUUUUAAACCUGUGCUCUGGGGCUUAGGUAGAGGAGGAGCUAUUAGAGAGGUAGGAAGAAAAUGAGGAUGAAAGUUUCUCAAGAAGGAAGGACAUUGGUUGGCUGUGCUCACCAAGAAGAUGAGCAAGGGGAAAGUGACCAUUUUAUUUGAUUAGAUGUGUGCCCUUGGCAUAUUUUAGUGGAAUGGUGGGAGAGAAAAAAUAAUGAAAGAUAAAGGGGUCAUAGCAAGUAUAGAUGGCUCUUUGUGAUAGUUCUGCUAUCAAAAGCAGAAAAAAUAGAGUAGUAGCUGGAGGGGCCUGGGGGAUCAACAAAUGAUUUCUUUUAAAAAUGAGUUACAAAGUUCCAGCAGACACAAAUGAGGGACACAAAGCUGAGUCCUCUAUUGCAUUUCCAGGCUGCAAGCACAGAUACAGGAGAUCCCAAAUAGUGCCUGACAGCCUCCUUAAGUUGAAGAGACAGAAAAUUCAGAGUUUGGGGAGGCUGGAGUAGCUUCAGGGCACGGUACCAGAGAUGCACAGAGAGGUGCCCUUGAGUCUCUGGCUGGAAACUUUCAAGGCUGGAGGAAAGCAACUGGAAAGUAGGAAGAACAGUUCUGGGAGUUCACACAGGGAUGGGAAUACAUAGGGUCCUUACUAGCUGGAGUAGAAAGACCUAAUACAUGGGGCAUCAGAUAAAAGUUCCUCAGAAGAUUUAUUUCCUAAGUAGUGGGGCCAAAUUAGCUCUAGGCUAACGACUGUUCUCCACUCACCCUAAUAAAGAUUAAACACCAGCCUCAAAAGGAUGAAGCUCAUUUCAAGUAACUUAACUGUGUCCCAGAAUAAAACUCAAAAAUGUUUAAAGGAAUACUAAAAGAUCCCACAACAUAAAACUCAGUAUUUGGCAUCUAAUGAAAAAAUUACCAGACAUGCAAAGAAUCUGGACACUACAGCUGAUAACUAAGGAAAAAUUAAUCAAUAGAAAGAGACAUAGAAAUAACCCAGGUAAUAGAAUUAGUAGACAGAAAUCUUAAAAUAGCUACUAUGAGUAAAAAUGAGUUACUAGAACUAGUUUAAUAGUUGGAAUGAUGUCAAUAAAAAGGAGAAAAACAUUUUAUCCCCUCCUCUACUCAAGAACUUUGCUCCUAAAAACUAUUUCCUGUGUGCCUCUCUUGGAUCAGUUUCUUGGAGGGGUUGGUCACUAACUUAGCAGAAAUGUUUUUUUCUUUUUAAAAGUAAGGACGGCAUAUGUAAGAAAACAUGUAGAUCAGUUGGUAGAGUUAGCAGAGGGAGAAUGAGGUAGUUUAUCCUAUGGUUCUAUUUUCUCUAUGACGUAUGAGGUGAGGUCAUAAUCUUAGAGUAAGGGGGACCUUACGGGAGGCAAAGGUAUAUGUGGGAAAGCUGACUUCUAGAGAAAUGUAGUAGGAUUGAUGGACUUGAGUUCAAGCACAAAGAACACCAUCUUCAGCGGGCUAUUUCAGCACAGCAGGUGUAUGGCGAGAAGAGGGAUAAUAUGGUUAUACCAGUUCCAGAGGCAGAAAGUAAUAUUGCUUACUAUGAGUCUAUAUAUCCUGGGGAAUUUAAGAUGCCAAAGCAGCUCAUUCACAUACAGCCUUUUAGUUUGGAUGCUGAACAGCCUGAUUAUGAUUUGGAUUCUGAAGAUGAAGUAUUUGUGAAUAAACUGAAAAAGAAAAUGGACAUCUGCCCACUGCAAUUUGAGGAGAUGAUUGACCGUCUAGAAAAAGGCAGUGGUCAGCAGCCAGUCAGUCUGCAGGAAGCCAAACUGCUGCUAAAAGAAGAUGAUGAAUUAAUUAGAGAAGUUUAUGAAUACUGGAUUAAAAAGAGAAAAAACUGUCGAGGGCCGUCUCUCAUCCCAUCAGUAAAACAAGAGAAGCGAGAUGGUUCUAGCACAAAUGAUCCUUAUGUGGCUUUUAGAAGACGUACUGAAAAAAUGCAGACUCGAAAAAAUCGCAAAAAUGAUGAAGCAUCUUAUGAAAAAAUGCUUAAGCUGCGUCGAGAUCUAAGUCGGGCUGUUACUAUUCUAGAGAUGAUAAAAAGAAGAGAAAAGAGUAAAAGGGAGCUAUUGCACUUAACACUGGAAAUUAUGGAAAAGAGGUAUAAUUUGGGUGACUACAAUGGAGAGAUCAUGUCUGAGGUUAUGGCACAGAGACAGCCAAUGAAACCUACUUAUGCCAUCCCCAUCAUCCCUAUUACUAAUAGCAGUCAAUUUAAACAUCAGGAAGCAAUGGAUGUGAAGGAGUUUAAAGUUAAUAAGCAAGAUAAAGCUGAUCUUAUCCGACCUAAACGUAAAUAUGAAAAGAAGCCCAAAGUCUCACCGUCGCCUGCUGCUGCUGCUGCUCAGCAGACGGGUCCUGCUGCACUGCCCGUCUUUACUGCUAAAGACGUGAAUCAGUACGACUUUCCCAGCUCAGAUGAAGAGCCUCCUUCCCAGGUUUUGUCUGGCUCUUCGGAAGCUGAGGAAGAGAAUGACCCCGAUGGUCCUUUUGCUUUCCGUAGGAAAGCAGGCUGUCAGUACUAUGCUCCUCACUUAGACCAAACUGGCAACUGGCCUUGGACUAGUCCUAAAGAUGGAGGAUUAGGGGAUGUACGAUAUAGAUACUGCUUAACUACCCUCACCGUACCCCAAAGGUGUAUUGGAUUUGCACGAAGACGGGUUGGGCGCGGGGGAAGGGUCUUACUGGACAGAGCUCACUCGGACUAUGACAGUGUGUUUCACCGUCUGGAUUUGGACAUGCUUUCCUCACCACAACAUUCUCCAGUCAAUCAGUUUGCCAAUACCUCAGAAACAAAUACCUCGGACAAAUCUUUCUCUAAAGACCUCAGUCAGAUACUAGUCAAUAUCAAAUCAUGUAGAUGGCGGCAUUUUAGGCCUCGGACACCAUCCCUACAUGACAGUGACAAUGAUGAACUCUCCUGUAGAAAAUUAUAUAGGAGUAUAAAUCGAACAGGAACAGCACAACCUGGGACCCAGACAUGCAGUACCUCUACGCAAAGUAAAAGUAGCAGUGGUUCAGCACACUUUGCAUUUACAGCCGAACAAUACCAGCA